CGGAGUGGGCGGAGUUAGUCUGAUCUACAGUUAAUCCGACAGGGAUUGGUUUGAAGUCAACGGAGUGAAGAAAGGAGCAGGAGUAGAGGAACAGAGUUUGCUGCUUUAACUCUUCAAACACUGACUCAAAACGAUGAGAUUACACGGACAGUGAGCUAAGAAAUAUUAUAUGCGUUUUUUAUCAUGAGAGACUAACUUUGGAGCUGAGUUUUCGGGGGGCACGCAGAGGUUGUUGUCGGGACGGUCAACAUGGAUGUCGGGGGAGCAGCGGUGCAGCACUGAGGAGGAAUUAAGGCCAUUUCUGGGUUAUUCCUGGUUUGACUGAGGGAGCUGAGGAGGAUUUUAAAGCAGCAACCUAUUUACCAGGCUUUGAAUUGAUCUGUAAAUAGCGUUGGACAUAAACAAAGAUGAUGAGGCUGUGGAGACGAGACGUGCCGCUCUCAGAGAGGCUCAGCGAGGACUCUCUUCUUGCAGCAGCACCCAAUGCCCCGCUAACGGCAGCCCCUACGGGCCCCAACAUCUCAUGGCUCCCUGAAGCCCCUCUGCUGACACCUGACCAGCCAAUUUUCCUCAUGACUCCUGCUGCUCAGGCUGUGUCUGGCUUCUUUGUCUGGACAGCGCUCAUUCUCACCUGUCACCAGAUCUACAUGCACCUGCGUUUCUACAGCUCACCCAGGGAGCAGCGCCACAUCGUCCGGAUCCUCUUCAUUGUUCCCAUCUACGCCAUUGACUCCUGGCUCAGCCUCCUCUUCUUCACCAACGACCAGUACUACGUGUACUUUGACACCGUCAGGGACUGCUAUGAGGCUUUUGUAAUCUACAACUUCUUGAGCCUGUGCUAUGAAUACCUGGGAGGAGAGAGUGCCAUCAUGGCUGAGAUCAGAGGAAAACCUAUCGAGUCCAGCUGUAUGUACGGUACUUGCUGUCUGUGGGGAAAAGCUUACUCCAUUGGCUUCCUGCGGUUUUGUAAGCAGGCCACGUUGCAGUUCUGCGUGGUCAAACCGCUCAUGGCUAUCAUCACCGUCGUCCUGCAGGCAUACGGCAAAUACAAGGACGGAGACUUCAAUGUUGCCAGCGGUUACCUGUACGUGACCAUCAUCUACAACAUCUCCGUUAGCUUGUCUUUGUACGCGCUCUUCCUCUUUUACUUCUCCACCAAGGAGCUACUCAGCCCGUACAGCCCCAUGCUCAAGUUCCUCAUGGUCAAAUCCGUCAUCUUUCUGUCCUUCUGGCAGGGGAUGUUGUUAGCCAUCCUGGAGAAGUGUGGAGCCAUCCCUCAGAUUAACUCUGUGGAGGUGUCUGUGGGUGAGGGCACAGUUGCAGCCGGUUACCAGAACUUCAUCAUUUGCAUCGAGAUGUUUUUCGCAUCGGUCGCUCUGCGUCACGCGUUCACGUACAGAGUCUACAUGGAAAAGAGUCUGGACUUACAAGGACCCGUUCCUUCAUACGGAGAGUUUGGCCGCUGUGCCCCCAUGAAGAGCAUCUCCAGCAGUCUGAAGGAGACCAUGAGCCCGGGCGACAUGGUCCAGGACGCCAUCCACAACUUCUCCCCGGCCUACCAGCAGUACACCCAGCAGUCCACGCUCGAGCAGGGCGCGCCACCACCCGUCUCCCGCGCCCACAAUGCUGCUGGGAGCCGCGGGGACACAGAGAAGACUUUCCUUCUCAGCUCUGACGAUGAAUUCUAGUGCAGCAACCAAUAAGACUGCUUUCAUGGUGAAUGGUACUUAACCCUCUCGUUCGGCUCCUCCUCGGUGAUCGGAGAGUUACGAGUUUGUUUUCUUGUUUCUGAAACGGACUCUUCCGGACCUUCAUGCAGAGACAUUUGUGCACCCACAUUUCCCAACCGUCUUAUUUGGUGCAGAGCGUGGUUACGGUGGUUCGAUGUUUUAACUUUUGGCCUAAAAAAAAAAAAAAGUUGUGUCCGUUUUUGUAAAGUGUGUGAGUCACACUUGAACACACUGAAUCAUACUUGACUUUAUGCUUUGGAGAGAUGCUUCAUUUCACAUUUCAGCUCAGUCACGUUUCCUUUGCUUCGAUGUGUUUCUCAGUCGCACCGUGAUUGUCCAGUGGAAGUUUUCAGUUGUGGAUCUGGAUUGGUUUCAAUUUCAAAGGCCUGUUUGUUUCCAGAUUCUCUGCUCAUGAAGAUACUGAAAAGGUUACAUUUGAAUCUUCCUCAUGGAAGUUAUCCUUCAAGUGUGAUUAAAUCUUUGCACUUUCUAUAUCCUGA